AGGAGGGGCUCGGUCCUGGCAGCCGCAGCGCGAUGUGGUUCGAGAUUCUUCCCGGGAUCGGCGUCAUGGCAGUGUGCUUGGUCAUCCCCGGCAUAGCCACUGCGCACAUCCACAGGUUCUGUAACGGGGGCAAGGAAAAAAGGGUUGCCUAUUAUCGGUAUCAGUGGAGUUUGAUGCAAAGAGACGGGCGCAUCUCUGGAGUUAAUCGUUACUAUGUGUCAAAGGGUUUGGAAAAUAUUGAUUAAAGAAGCCUUUUCCUGACCGAUGAGGAUUAACUCGGUUAUGCUCAUCUGCCCUUUCUAGAAGGUUAUGCGGUGUAUCAAUAUAGUACAUAAU